GUAGAGACAAUACAAAUCGAAACUAGUCUGUAGAAGGCACUUUCACUAAUGGGCUACACACGUGAGCGCACGAAUCGGCAUUUCUUUGUCGCGCGUGCGAAUGCAUUCUUCUCACGUCUCCCCAUUCCCCUCAUUCAGAGGUCAAUGGCCAUGGAUGCUAUUAAGAGGGGCUAUAUGAAGCCGUGGAAAUAUACCAAGGAGCAGAUCCUCGGCUCACCCAUUACGUGUACUUUUGAUUAUAACCCAAGGCCAGUGCGGCUUAUUGGUACGGUGAUGGAUGCUCAUACCGAGGAGACAAGUAUCAAAGGGGGACUGAAGGUCUACGCACGAAAUGAGGAAACAAACAUGAUGCUUUGGAUCCCUGCCGGAAAUCCUAAGCUGAAAUACGAAGUAACAUCCUCGAAGGGAAGUUUUCAACAUUAUUUGAACGAACGGGAUAAAUGGGAUGAGGCGUGGCUGACAGGGCGUGCACGUAUUAAGUAGAAGGCACCAAAUGGGUUGUGAUGGUGUAGAAAGAGAGUGGCAACGUGAAGUUUUUCAGGUAUCACAGGGGCAAUGUGGCGUAUUACUCGUGCAUUUACUCUUUA